GCCUCUCCAAGGACAUGCCCAGGCUAACGCCAGGAGUAUUGCCAUGGCGUUGUUAGGACGUGGAAGCAAGCUUUAUCCUUCAAUAGUCCUCACCAAAGGGGUAAUGCUCCAACGGCACUGGAAAUGGUGUCUGCGAAAGAUGUCCAGUUGUAUAUACCUCAACGAUAUCGCUCCCUGACUAACAUUUCUCUUCUCUCCUUUCCUUAAGACUGCAUUCUCUAGUGUAAUCACUGCUCAGCUUCUGAGCGUCCAUUCGUUUGAACUCAGUCUUCAGUCGUUCGUUAUUUCGGAAUGCGUUCCAACACGAUCCUCUUUGGCGUCAGCCAGUUUGCAGCUUCAGCUGCCGCAAUUAACUACAAGUUGAUUGACUCGUACACUCCAAGCAACUUCUUCAGCAAGUUUGACUUCUUUACGGGCGACGAUGGCACUGGAGGUUUCGCGAAUUAUCAGACCGAGUCUGGUGCCACUGCUGCUGGCUUGAUCAGCACAGGUUCAAGCUCGGUCAAGUUCGGUGCCGACUACUUACACACCGUCUCAACGACCAGCAGCGGUCGUGCGUCUGUUCGUCUCGAAGGAACCACUAAUUACGACAAGGGCAUCAUUGUCGCAGACAUUCAGCAUAUGCCUGGAAAUGCAUGCGGUGCAUGGCCAGCGUUUUGGUCAUUCAGCAACCCUUGGCCAUACCAAGGUGAAAUCGACAUGAUCGAAGGAGUCAACUUCAUGACUGAGAAUAAGGCUUCUCUUCACACUGGUCUGGGCACCUGCGUUCUCACUGACGAGGGCUCGCUUGAGACGGGUACCGUCGCUGCCACCGAUUGCCACACCUUAAACCCGACAACCGGUAAGAUAGAGAACACUGGUGGCUGCGGUAUUGACUCUGGCAAGCCCAACAGCUUUGGAACUCCCUUCAAUGCAGUCAACGGCGGUUACUAUAUCACCCAGUGGACUGAUGAUUUCAUCAAGGUCUGGUUUUUCGAACGUGCUAACAAGCCUGCAACUCUUGAUUGUGACGUUCCCGACGUCAGUACUCUUGGCACUCCGGAUAUGUACUUCAGCGGUUGUGACUUCGGCUCCCGUAUUUCCAACCAGCACCUUGUUUUCAGCACUAACUUCUGUGGUUCGUGGGCUGGUGCCGUCGGCGUGUAUGACCAGACAUACGCUUUGGGCUGUCCUAAUUACAACCUGGAUACGCCAGACCUCAACUGCCGCAAAUUUGUUGCUGAAAACCCAAGUGCAUUUGCCAACCAGUACUGGGAGGUCAACUCCAUCAAGGUCUAUGGCGAGACUACAGAUACAGUAUCGGGUGCUUGCCAUGCCUCAUCCUCUGCGUCGGUUUCGUCAGCGCCAGCUUCGUCGGCUCCAGCAUCAUCUGCUCCCGCCUCAUCGGCCCCAGCAUCAUCUGCUCCAGCUUCGUCGGCCCCAGCAUCAUCUGCUCCAGCCUCGUCAGCUCCUGCAUCGUCCGCACCAGCAUCUUCCGCGCCAGCCAGCUCAGCUCCAGUCAUUUCAGCACCAGCUGCCGUAUCGUCUUCAUCUUCUUCAGUUCCGCCAUCGACUUCUUCCUUCGCUUCGGUAAGCGCUCGCAACAGCUCUGCCACUUUCAAUUUCCCAAGUAUCCGUCCAACUGCAUCGUCCCAUGGAAACGGCGGACAUGGUCAUGGCGGUUCCAUCACCCGACCCGUGCCAAGCGCCAGCGCCACCAAGUCAUCAGGCACAUAUGGUAGCAGCAACAAGUACGAGGGCCACUCGACCUGGGGCAGCAACCAACCAGCGGGCUGCUCCCCAGUGAAGGUUCCUUUCUCGACCACUCUGACCACGAAGAUUGUUGAUGUGUGCGAGACGGGCUUGACCACCUCAACUCUCACAACCACUGUGAAGUACUGCCCAAUGUGCCAUGAGAACCCAACUUCACCGUACUGGGGCUUCACCGAGACUGUAAAGGUCUGCAGCACCGGCUGCGCGCCAUCGCCAAUUUCAGUCACGGUGACCAUCCCAUGGACUGCUACUCCCGUCUCGGGCGGAUCGUGGAAUGGCAACCCGUGGAACUCUCCCGCCGCUCCUGCCACGACAUCUGCUGCUCCUGGCUGGGGUGUUGGCUCCUGGUCCACUAGCAAGACCACGGCAUCAGCGUCCCCUGCGUGGGGUGCUUCUAGCGGUAGCGCCUCUGCGCCAGCCGCUCCGGCUUGGGGUGCUUCCAGCGGUAGCUCUUCGGCUGCUGCUCCGGCUUGGGGUGCUUCCAGCGGCAGCUACUCGGCCGCCGCUGCUCCAGUUUGGUCUGCGUCUGCUGGCUCGUCUGCUGUUGCGGGUGCCUAUGGUGCUAAGCCCAGCGGUACCGUUUCGUGGUCGUUGUCCAACGGCACCAGCACCUACAAGCCAGUCCUAGCUUCAACCAACGGUGCCUCGACCACUUUCGCCAGCGUGGUUGUCAUGGUUGCUGCUGCUGCUGCGGCUGUUUUCAUGUUGUAAACGUCCUUUUUCUAAGCCGAUCGUUUCUCUUCUCUGAGCAGGCACCUGUUGUGGUAUGAUGAAUCCAUUGUGUAUAGAAAGAGGCAAGAGAAACUCAGCCCAUUGCAGGGUCAUGCUCCAGUAUAUAUAUCUAUACCCACAGAUGUCUACUCGUUCUUCGUUUUUUGAUCUGGCAUUUUCGCUGCCAAUCUACACAAAACUUAUAUGGGUGUCAUAACUAUUUAAUUUUCCUUAAUGAUCACGAAUAAUGCAUGGCGAGGCGCCUGGUAUAGACACCAAUUCAUUCGAUUGAUCUGAGCA